AUGAAGUUGUGUUAUUUGGCCCCAACCUUUCGUAAGAAGGCGGCGAUUCCCCCGACGGGCGCACCAACUCCAGUAAAGUUGAAGAUGAAAGUUUCUGGUGAUGAGCAGCGAAGGUUAUGUGGAGAACAGGAAAAAUAUAGCGAGCGGGGCGGGCUUGGUCUUGGUGUUGGACUCACUACUUAUGGAUCGGUGGCUUACCAGCUAAAGGAUGCCAACAUGGAGGCCUCCGGUACAGUCGACUUUGUCUGUCGCGCUGCAAAGAUCAUGAACAGAACUAUUGUCAUGACUGUGUUCCUGGCGUGUCUUUCGACGUUGCCUGUCAUCAUGUUGAUUAUGGGUGUCCAGUAUAUAAGGGACUGCCCAGCCGAGCCCCGAAUACCUGUAUAUAUGGUGGUAGGAGGUGCAGCUGGUGGGGCGGGCAUCUGCUGGCUGUUGUGGGCCCAACUCGCCAGCAGAAGUUCCAACUCUUCUGCAAGCAUACCAGAAAGGGUGUUAGCUUACACCCUAACUAUAUUUCUUAUGGGAUGGUAA